UUAGGCGCCCUUCGUCAAAAAAUUAUUUUGUUUUGCAAUUUAAAAAAAAAAAUUGCAAUUUUACUUCUCUUUGUAGUAGUUUUGCAUCUCAUUUUCACAUCAUUUUGUAGCAUUAUUGUCACCAUAUCUGUGUCUGAAACGUUGGAAAAGCUAGAGCAGGUAAUACAUAAAUAAAUAACACUCAAAAUGCUUAAAGACUAAACUUGUUAAAAAGAAGUCCAACUACAAUCAUUAGGUCUGAGAAAAGUCUUUUAGUUACAUUCAUUGGGCUUAUAGGUGCUGGACCUCAACCUUUAUAACGGCAGGGAAAUCCACCUGUCUUACAUCUGCACCGUGCAGAGAGAGAGGCCUGCACAGCUGCAGGUAGUCCACAUCUGGAUGAACUGCCUUCGAUCAUCUCCUGGCAGUUUGCACGCGAACGCUGCGUGCUGAGAUGAGGCACAGAAGCUGACUUUAUAGAGCGACGCUGCGCUCGUUGGCUGGACUGGCUGACAGCGCAGGAAGCGACUGCGCGUGCGCGAGGCUGCCAGCGCACUGAUUGGCUGAAGGUGACAUCAUCCAGUCAAGCUCUAUUGUGGGAACGAUGAGCUCAUCGUUUAGAAGCCACUUGGUGAGCGCAGAGUGAGGACGCAGAAGGCAGCAGAGGACAGCGGACUGUUGGACUGCACACCUGGGACAGACGCUGGGACUGGGACAGACAUUGGGACAGACACUGGGACUGGGACAGACGCUGGGACUGCUCUGGGCUUCUGCUGCAACAACAGGACUGUCCGGCCAUUUCCACAGGGACAAAACAGUAUGGUCUGGUCCCGGCAGAGCGAGGCGGAGCGGCCCGCGCUCUCCGCCAUCCUGCCGCGGCUCUACCUGGGAGCGGAGAGUGACGUCACGCAGGAGCGGCUGGCCUCUCUCGGGAUCUCCUAUGUGCUGAGCGUGAGCCGCUGCAGCCCCCAGCCCUCCUUCCUGCCCUGCUCCAGAUAUCUCCGCGUCCCCAUUGACGACUCUCUGCGGGACGAGCUGCUGCCCUGGAUCCCACAGGCUCUGCACUUCAUCGACGCGGCCAUGUCCUCCGGGGGCUCGGUGCUGGUUCACUGUGCAGCAGGAAUCUCGCGCUCCCCGGCUCUGGCUGUCGCUUACAUCAUGUACAGCCUGGGAAUGGACCUGGACCACGCCUACAGGUUUGUGAAAGAGCGUCGGCCCUCCAUUUCCCCAAACUUCAACUUUCUUGGUCAGCUGCAGCACUUCCAGGGCACUCUGUCCCAGAAGGCCUCGGGGGGCCGCCUCCGCAUCCAGCAGCUGGACGACCGUCUGCCACCCAUCCCCGACAGUGUCACCCGCUCUCCCAUCAGCCGGAACGGGAGUUGUCGGGCUGACGGCGGCGGGGGCAGCGAGGCACACGCGGAGAACUGGUGUGACGCGGAGCAGAGGAGGCGGAGGCGCUCGGAGUCCGAUGGAAGUGGGCGGCAGCCGGUUUCUCUGUCAGGGGAACUUCAGACUCUUCGUUUGACUCUUACUCAAAUCCAGACACCGUGUGAGCUCCCGGCUCCGAGCCCCCGUGAGCCAGUCCCGCCGUUGGCGAAGCCCACACGACUACAACUCCCAGCAGGCUCCGCUUCUCUCUUAGAGAAACGCAAAAGCCUCACCCUGUCUUUGACCCCGUUGGGAACGGGCCCUCCCUCCCCGGCAAGCAGCGGCGGCGGCGGCAGCAGCCAGCGAGCAAGGAGCACCGACCCAUCCCAGAGUGUCCACCGGAGGGAGACGGGACAAAAGGCUGAAGCAAAGACCCGGGGGGACAGCGUCCCCCGCGGGCAGGCCGAGGACGGCCGCAGGGAGCAGAGUCCCUACCACAGCCUGGGGAAGGAGCAGGGCCUGCUGUCGCCAUUCAGCUUCACCCUCAACAAGCUGCUGGGCUGGGGGGAGAGGGUGCUGCUGGGGGGCCUGUUUGUUCACCCUGUUAGGAUGGGACAGCCAGCACUGCCCAGCAGGUGCUGAGGAGGCCUGACGGGGGGUGUGCGUGUGCAUGUGUGUGUGUGUGUGUGUGUGUG